ACUCAUAAGAGGUAAGGAUGGUAUGUGUCGAUCAGGGAUUGUAAGAAUAGCUAAUAAAAAUGAGCUGGUAAGAGCAGUGGGACAUCUCUAUCCUUUAGAGAUCUCCGACAGAGAACAAGGUCCAGGUAAUCGCUCACCUCGGGAGUGUCGAGAAGUACCAGAGAAGAGUUAA